CUCUUCACCUCACAACCACACACACAUUCCUCUGUUUCAAAAUGACUCCUACCUUCUUCUUCCUCUGUUUUCUCCUCAUCCCAACCCUCAUUUCCUCUUCCCCUUUCCACGACCCUGAAUCCAUCGUCCAAGAGGUCAAUAGGAAAAUCAAUGCCUCGGUCGCUAGGCGGAAUUUAGGUUACCUGUCGUGUGGGACUGGCAACCCUAUCGACGAUUGCUGGAGGUGCGAUCCAAAUUGGGAGAAGAACAGGCAGAGGCUGGCUGAUUGUGCUAUAGGGUUCGGGAAGAACGCCAUUGGCGGGAGAAACGGUAGGAUUUACGUGGUGACCGACGCCGGCGACGACGAUCCGGUGAAUCCCCGGCCGGGUACUCUCCGGUACGCCGUCGUUCAAGACGAGCCGUUGUGGAUUAUUUUCGCGAGGGACAUGGUGAUUCAGUUGAAGGAGGAGCUGAUCAUGAAUUCCUUCAAGACCAUCGAUGGACGAGGCGCGAGCGUGCACAUUGCGGGUGGGCCCUGCAUAACGAUCCAGUACGUAACCAACAUUAUAAUUCAUGGAAUUCACAUACACGACUGCAAGCAGGGAGGGAACGCUAUGGUGAGGAGCUCCCCACGGCACUACGGCUGGAGAACCGUAUCGGACGGCGACGGCGUUUCAAUCUUCGGAGGAAGCCACGUGUGGGUAGAUCACUGCUCGUUGUCGAAUUGUAAGGAUGGUUUGAUCGAUGCUAUUAUGGGGUCCAGCGCCAUAACCAUUUCCAACAAUCACAUGACGCACCAUGAUAAGGUCAUGCUACUGGGUCAUAGCGAUUCUUAUACGCAAGACAAGAACAUGCAAGUCACCAUCGCUUUUAACCACUUUGGAGAAGGCCUCGUUCAAAGAAUGCCGAGAUGCAGACUUGGAUACUUCCAUGUGGUGAACAAUGACUACACUCACUGGGAAAUGUAUGCCAUUGGAGGAAGCGCUAACCCUACCAUCAAUAGCCAAGGCAACAGAUUCGCGGCACCCGAUAACAGAUUCAGCAAAGAGGUGACAAAGCAUGAGGAUGCCCCAGAGAGCGAAUGGAGGGGCUGGAAUUGGAGAUCAGAAGGGGACUUGUUGCUAAACGGUGCGUUUUUCAGAUCAUCAGGUGCUGGAGCCUCCUCUAGCUACGCAAGGGCUUCUAGCUUGAGUGCCAGACCAUCUUCUCUUGUGGGUCCCCUCACCUCCGGUGCUGGCACCCUCACCUGCAGAAAGGGUUCGCGCUGCUGAUCAUUAUCACAUAAAAGAAAAGAGAGGGAAUUCAACAAGAAGUUAUAUCUCUAGGAUUGACUCCAAUUCCCUCCAUUCUUUUUUUUUUUUUUGGUUUUCCCUUAAUGUUUUCUAGAUUGCUUUUCUUUUGCAAUGUUUGUUUGCUUUGAUUUGCUCUGUAAUGUCUCAAGAUUACAACCUCGGCCUGUGACUCUUAGAUCCAAAUCAUCUGGGGGAAGUUAAUGAUGGUCUAAGAGGAAACAAGUGCAGAAGAGUUGAUACUAAUAUCAAUGUACUACCAAUACACGAAAUUACAUAUAUUUGUAGAUGCAUGAAA